GGGCGGCAGGCAGGCAGAGAGUAUGUCAUUCCAUCCUUGGCUCACAGAUUUAUGGCAGAGAUGGUGGAUUUCUUUAUUCUCUUCUUUAUCAAAGCAACCAUUGUCUUGAGCAUCAUGCACCUCAGUGGGAUAAAGGAUAUCUCUAAGUUCGCUAUGCAUUAUAUAAUAGAAGAAAUAGAUGAAGACACGUCAAUGGAAGACUUGCAGAAAAUGAUGGUUGUGGCUCUCAUAUACAGAUUACUAGUUUGUUUCUAUGAGAUAAUUUGCAUUUGGGGAGCAGGCGGAGCCACCCCAGGGAAGUUUCUGCUAGGUCUUCGCGUCGUGACGUGCGACACCUCAGUGCUCAUUGCACCGAGUCGGGUGUUAGUGAUCCCGUCCUCCAACGUCAGCAUUACCACGUCCACUAUUCGGGCUCUGAUCAAGAAUUUCUCUAUUGCUUCGUUUUUCCCUGCUUUCAUCACACUGCUGUUUUUUCAACAUAAUCGAACAGCCUAUGACAUUGUGGCAGGAACCAUUGUGGUAAAAAGAAACGGUGUCAGAUGAUGCUCAAAAAAGUCCUGAAUUCCAGCCUCUCUGGAAUAACGGCAAGACUAAAUUAUGUAUCAAGGCCAUCAGUAUCUCUAGGUUACGUUAAUUGAUGAUUUAGAAAUUAAAGCAGUCACUUGCGUGUGAUACAAGUGACGAAUCUGAAAGUAUUGAUUUUACUUGAAUGCCAAAGAACUUUUUCAGAAGAAAAAUGUGUUAAUUCAAGUGUUAAAAUUUUUAGAUCAAAAACAAGGCAAGUGGUUUCAUAAUCAACAAUGGACAAUAACACUUUACGAUCUAAAACAUUAGAAUCUGCUGAAAGUCUUUUCAGCUUUGAAAUCUCCAAGUGAAACUUUUAAAACUUAUUUUGGUGUAUCCCAAAAUGAUGGAAAAUGUCCUGUUGUGUUUUGUAAACACCUGCAUAAUUCAUCUUUUAGUUGACAGUUCUUAGGGAAAUUGUCUUUGUUUUUUGUUAGCGAGGGUGUGGGGACACAAGUUGGAUAAUCUGCUCACCUCCUGCCCCGGGAGGUGGUGCGUUCAUGGGAAGGUUCGGGUGAGGCAGGCCAAGCAGUUCCCUGACCUGAAGCUCCCUAGUCUGGACCUCAGCUCACUGUGGUGACGAUGCAGCUGUACAGCUGUUCUCAAUGCCUCCUCAUACAGAGGGGCACGGGGGCAAGUUUCCUGUGGUGAUAAAAAGUAUUAAGUCGUGUUGCUAUAUUAUCAUUGAUUUUUUUUUUUUUUAGAGGAAAGGUAAGGUAGUGAUUGCUUUUACCAAGGAAGGUGGACUUUGAAUGUAAACUGAACUUGAGUUCACAUACCAGUGUUCCUAGUGCCCCAAGUCAUCUCUAACUAUGCGGGGAACGACUUCAUCCAGCUGUUGCAUAUUUACCAUCAGCAAUAUUCCCAGGUGUGUGUGGCAUGAAGAAAGUAUUAGUCUUUCUCAGUGUUCUCAGUGUGACUGUAACUUGUCUGUACACAGUGCAUUCACGUACUAUGGGUGGUUGGGAAAGUCAACGCACUUCUGCACGGGAACGGAGAAAUACGGCCUGACUCCACCACCCAGUACUUCCUUCUAUACUCUGUAUAGUUCCACGACAGUGGGAACGUGAGUUAGAAGACUCUGACUAUGUCAUUAACUCUCAAUACUAGUGGCCCGAAAGAUAUGAGCACUUUUCCUAAUUGGACUGUUCCUAAAUGGACUAUUCCUCAAAGCAGGGGGAGUUAUCCUUUCCAGAGAUUGUGUUAGGUUCUUUCAGCUCGUUUUUGGGCCUGCUGGGGUUGAACUGUUGAGGAAAGUGUUGAAGUCAUAAUUUGGGUCUUUCCUUGGCAAUGUAUUUUCCUAUUGAAGCAAGGCUAUGGGGUUUUAAUGUGUGCGCUUUUACUAGCUAGCUGUCCCAGUCACCCGCGUUGAGCUAUACCUGCACUAUUUAUAAUCUGAAGUCUUACUGGAUUCUUAGGCAUUCUCACCACCUCUGAUAUUUUCCCAAAAAAGAAAAACACUAAAGUAUAUAUUGCACAGUUCAAAUGAGAGUGCUUAAGGGAUCUACCUAGACUUUGUUCUUGGUCUUAAAUACAGUAACAAAUGCAAGAUUUUUUCACUGUACCAAUUUUUAAAGUAGGCUUUUCUUGGACAUUAAAAAUGGAAAAGAAUCACUAUUUGCUGCCUAUCAAAAAUGUAAUGAUGUCCUAAUACCUUUUUAUUGUAACAUUUCAUAAACCAUGCUUUUCACAGUAAUUUUGUAUUAAAUCUCAUGUCACAGCAAGCCUGUUAAGUAUGUCAGAGUCCUGAGAGUACUAAGCAGAUCACUCACUUGUGUUAUGUGGGAAGACAAGAGUGUUAUCGCUCUUCACAGUAAAAAAGAAAAACCUUCCAUUUCUUUAUGAGACUAGAAACUAGGAACCGUUACAUAACAUGGCUUUUACUGUGUGUGGUAGCACUGGUGUGUGUGCCACUUUUCCCACUGGUGGGGAAUUCAAGUUGAAAUGUCCCUCAGCCGUGUAGCUCCGGACUGCUUCAUUUAUCGUUUCACUCACAUAAUUGAAUGGUUUUCCAUCCAGGCUGGUUUUAUUUACACAGUACAACAAAAACAAGUAGCCCAGUUUAAUGUAUGUUAUACUUAAAAUAUUGCUCAUUUUCUCUGCAUGAGUCAUUCUAUGUCGAUUCAUUCAGAUCCAACUG